AAAUCAAUGCAUAAGAUCUUGUAACCUAUAUUCAUAUGAGAGCUGCGUAUCACUUUCUAAUAAUAAUAUAGGCUAGAAGGAAACUGACGUUAAUAAUAAUAAUGCCCGGAGAUUCUUAACGAACGGCUAGAGCCAUCAACGAGCUAUAUAAAUAGCAGACCUGCGUUUUUCCUCUCAUUCACAAAGUAGCAGCGAUAGAUAUAUAUAUACACACAUAUACGUACGUCUAUAUAUAUACCAAAACUUGACCCUGCAAUAUACCCAAAAACUAAAGCUGAAAAACACUUCCAAACGCUGCCCUCCGUGAGACGAACCCAACGGUGAAAGAACCGUUGAAAACGAACGUCGGAGUAGGGAGAACAAGUUUGCCGGAGUUUCGGCGGGCUAACCUUCUCGACAAAAAACGGAGAAGACGAAGGACCUGCCGCCGCCGCCAGUCCAUUUCUGACCUUCGCCGGAGUCCACUGCCACCGCCGCUCCAACCGUUGGUCUUCGGAAAGGUGAAUAUUUAGAGGCCUGAAUAGAAGAAGAGAGAUAGGAGCAUCGGAUUAGAGACACCAUGCCACCAAGAAGGGACCCGAAUGCUGUGCCCACCAACGCGGAAUUGGCUCAGACCGUGCACCUACUGAGUCAACUCACUCAUACUAUUGCAACUACGGUACUCCAAAACAACCAGCCGCGUAACAACGGCAAUGACAUGGAAACCCGGGUAGCGGCGCGAAAUCCACCGAGUUUCCUAGGGCAAGAAGAUCCAACCAUUCUCGAGAAUUGGAUACGCACCUUCGACAAGCUAUUUGAUACAAUCAAUUGCCCAGAAGAGCAACGAAUUGGCAUCGCUGUUUAUUAUCUGCACGAAGAGGCAGAUAGAUGGUGGGUUAAUGUGGGACCAGGAUUGCGUGCCCAACCAGAUUUCACCUGGGAACGGUUUAAGCGUACACUGCGGAAAAGAUUUUACCCGCCACACGUGCAGGCGGAAAAUUACGACAAAUUCCUGCAUCUGAAGCAAGGGGAGAUGACGGUGCAAGACUAUCACUCUCAAUUCGUCUCGCUAGCAGAGUUUGCGUCAUCACUAGUGCCCGAUGAGGAAAGCAAGGUUGAGAAGUUCAUCCGGGGACUCAAUUAUGACACUCAGAAGGCUUUGAGUGUGCAAGAAUGCCAAACCCUGGAUGAUACCUAUUAUAGGGCUGCCAAACACUAUCGGGUGAUUCAACUUCAAAGAGAAACCCACAAGAAAAUUCGGAGGAACGAAGAGGAGGAGAGACAAAGGGAAAAGCGGGUCAAGGUUCAUCACUAUGAGCCGACACACAAUCGCCCAAGGGAUGAGAGGAAAUUCCAGGGGCAUGAUCAGAGGCGUGACCGUCGAAGUGGAGCAGAGGGGAGGCGUUUCAACUGUACAAAAUGCAAUAGAGACCACCCAGGGGUGGAUUGUGCCGGCAACCGGGUCAAAUGCUACACAUGUGGCAAAAUGGGCCACCGUGCAUUCGAAUGCUGGGAUAACGUAGGGAGAGGACCACAGAACCAGGGCCUUAAUCACAGAGGCGGCAAUCGAGGCGGAACUCAAGGUGAAAAUAGGCCAAGAGCUGAGAACCGGGGCAACCACAACCCGGGAAAUCGUGCUGGAGGCGGUGAUCGGGGCCAAAAUCGGAAUCAGGGAGGAGGCAACAACAAAAAUGCUCCCAAUCAGGGUCGGAUUUAUGUAAUGAAUCAGGCCCAGGCCCGCGCACACGAUGUGGUGGCAGAUGGUGUGAUAUCCGAAGAUUGAUGCCUUGAGAGCGCUCCUAGAAGACUUUUAGAGUAGCCUCGUUUAGAAUAAACUUUGUUAGAUUUCAUUAUCUC